CCUCAAUUUACUAGUUUAUUAAAUUAUCUCUUUCCUUGGCAUGUUGAUUUUUUUCCCCCCGUGUUCGCGACUUGGUAAUCCCGGAAUUCGGCGUGCCAAAUUAGCCAAUCUCGAUAAGCGUCUGAAGAACCGAGGCUGCCUACAGCAGGAAUGGCAACAGCUGAAAAGAACUCAACAAGAUAUGCAGUGGUGACGGGAGCUAAUAAGGGAAUCGGACUCGAGAUAUGUAGGCAAUUAGCUUCGAAAGGAAUCGAGGUGAUAUUAACAGCUAGGGACAAGCAACGGGGCCUUGGAGCUGUCAAAGGCCUCGAAGAAUCGGGGAUUUCUGUAAUCUUCCAUCAACUCGACGUGACUGAUGCUGGUAGUAUUGCCCGUUUGGCCGAAUUCAUCGACACCAGCUAUGGAAGGCUCGAUAUUUUGGUAAAUAAUGCAGGUGUAGCAGGUGCUAUUGUGGACUGGGAGACAUUCAACACCAUGGCAUACGAGAAUGGCAGAAUCAAAGCCAACGCUGCCGAGCUGUUGUUGGAGCUGACUAAGCAGACUUACGAGAUGGCCGAGGAAUGUGCAAAAGUAGUCUAUUUUGGCACCAAAAACACUACAGAGGCACUCCUUCCGCUGCUUCUUCGGUCAAGUUCUGGAAGAAUUGUGAAUGUAUCUGCAUCAAUUGGGAAGCUCCAGCAUGUCAAGAACGAAAAGGCGAAAAGGGAGCUGAACGAUAUUGAGACCCUCAAGAAGGAAAGGCUAGACGAAAUGUUGAGUGAAUUCCUGAGAGAUUUCAAGGAAGACAAGUUGGGAGCAGAAGGGUGGCCUACUCACCUAACGGCGUACACAGUCUCUAAAGCCGCGGCGAACGCCUACACGAGACUUCUCGCCCUGGAACAUCACCAGCUCCGUGUGAAUUCCGUGUGCCCCGGCUUCGUGAAGACGGACCUGAACAGCAACAACGGAGUCUUCCCUGUCGAGGACGGAGCGAGAGGGCCCGUGAUGUUGGCUUUGCUGCCCGACGAUGGGCCUUCAGGAUGCUUCUUUGCGGGGACGGAAGUCUCAGGAUUCUGACCUAAGUCUUUCGCAGCGCGGCCUUAAGUGAAGCUGUCCUUUCCCACGUGUAUCUUGCUUACAUGGUACUCAGUUUGAAAAAUGUACGCACCGAGAUUUACCCAUGAUUUAUGGGAGAAAAGCGGGAAAGAACGCAUAAUGUGCUGGUACCAAAAGAGUUCUAACUUUUAGAA